CCGACCAAGGCAUUGUUCGCAGUCGAGCGCAGCGGUGGUGGUAGCGGCGGCGGCGGCGGCGACGCAAGCGGGAAUAAAGGGGAAGGAGGAGCCGCCGCGCUUGUUCCAGCCGCUAGAUAGGUACGCGUGUACGCGCAUACGCGAGUCGGUGAGUGAGAGGGAGAGCAUAACGAGAUCGGCAGGUCCGCCAGAAAUUAUAAAAGACCGUGAGCAGAACCGGUAAGGGAGCAGUCGACUGCCAGUGAUCGGCGCAAACGGACCUACAACUACCAAGGGGCUGCAGCAUCGCGUCGCUCCCCACCGCCGCUUUUUGUUCGCCAGUCCAGCUAGCAGCCAGCCGCCAGCCGCCAGACGAGCGGACCACCGCGAGGAUGGGCGCAGUCGAGUACGUGACCGAGGAGGACGUCUACCAGUGCGCCUUGCCCGAGGACACGCAGAAGAUGGCCAAGGAGGAGCUCAGGGAGGACAGGAACACCAGGGACCAGGCGCUCGAGCAAGUGCGCAACUGGAUAAGGAUGCACCCACGCAUCGAGAACUGCCGAAUGGACGCCAAGUGGCUGCUCAAGUUCCUGCGCUGCAAGAAGUUCAACGUGCCGAUGGCCCAGGAAGCCAUCGAGCGCUACCUGCUGCUGCGCCAGGUCUACCACCCGGCCUUCAACAACCUCGACAUCCUCGAGCCCAACAUGUCCGAGCUGCUGGACUUGGGCUACCUGUUUGCUGUUCCCGGCCGAGACACCAAGGGCCGCCGCGUGGUUGUCGCCAGACCCGGCGUCUUCGAUCCCUACAAGUACACCAACGCGGACAUGUGCAAAAUCCACGCGAUCACGUACGAGGCGCUGAUGGAGGACGAGGAGAGCCAGGUGCGAGGAUUCGUGCACUUCGCGGACGGCGCCGGCGUGAGCUUUCCGCACCUCACGCUUUUCACGCCCAAGGAAGCAGUGCGCAUCGUGAAGAACGGCGAGAGAACACUGCCGAUGCGCCACAAAGAGGUGCACGCGAUCAACGCCCACCCCUCGCUCAAGUUCGCCCUGGACUUCGGCAUGUCCCUUAUCUCGGAGAAGAUCCGCAGCCGCGUGAAGAUCUACACGAGCCUGGAGGAUGCCAAGAGCAACAAGAUGGACGCGAGCAUGCUGCCCAAGGAGUACGGCGGUAGCGUUCCCAUGAAGCAUAUGAUCGACGCGUGGCGUAAGGAGCUGCUCGAGCUGCGACCAACGCUGCUGAUCAACGACAAGAUGAGGGUCCGACCGGAGAUGUACUCGGACAAGGCGCGCGAAGGCGCGGUGUCGGCGCUAAAGGCCGGCUUUAGCUGUAUGAACGCCACCAGCGGCGAGUCAACGAUGCACGGCAUUUGUGGCUCGUUCAGGAAGCUCGAGGUCGACUGAUGCAGGCCGCGCCUGUGUCGCUACUCGCUCGCCGCCACGUAGACUCACCUGCGAGCAAUGAGUACUCUUCAUUUCUCAUUCUAGCUAGAUCAUCGUAGACUUUAUGAUUUAUCGUUAUUAUCAUCACGCUGAUGAACGCGUUGUGGGUUAAUUAUCAAGCUGUUAUUAUCUCUCUCUCUAUCUCUCUCUCUCUCUCUCUCUCUCUCUCCCUCUCUCUCUCUCUCUCUCUCUCUCUCUCUCUCUCUCU